GUGCGCGCUCCCGGUCCAAACGACAGAGCCGACGGGACAGAUAACCCGCGCAGUGUUAGCAGUCUGUCUCCACGUUAUUAAUAAAACCCGCAGGAUGUCCGAAGAAAAGCCAAAGGAAGGCGUGAAGACGGAGAACGACCACAUUAACCUCAAGGUAGCCGGUCAGGAUGGGUCGGUCGUACAGUUCAAAAUCAAAAGACACACUCCGCUCAGCAAACUCAUGAAGGCAUACUGCGAAAGACAGGGAUUGUCAAUCCGUCAGAUAAGGUUUAGGUUUGAUGGACAGCCAAUUAAUGAAACAGACACACCUGCACAGCUGGAGAUGGAGGAUGAAGACACUAUUGACGUAUUUCAACAACAGACGGGAGGAGCCUAUUCUUAAGUGGAAUGUGGACUUAACUCUCAGAAGAGCAUCCACACCAUAUUUUUUUUCAUGUUGUAAUUGUUUAUUGCUGUUUUUACUUAUUUCUUUUUUUUUCCCCCAUUCUGCUUGUCUCAACGUCAGGCUUUUCACAACAUAAAAAGACAGGAGCGUUUUUUCAUUGGGGGCCAAAUCUUAGCAUUGAGAUGCAGGGUCAUUAAAAAAAAAUAAACAAACAAACAAAACAGUUAUAUUCACAUAAAUAGAAAUCGUCCAAGGCAGGGACACUUCUCAAACUAGAUAUGGCUUGAAAUGGAAAAACUCAAUGUUCUUUUGAUGUCCUCCUGCAUGUCUCUAACAAUAAGCUGAACUACAUGCCAAAAUUCUUUUUAUUUUUUUUUUUAUUUUUAUGUUUUCCAGAUUGUUAUAAGCAUUUAAAUUCAGGAUAUGGGCUCAAAUAUUUUAAGUCAUGUACGUGAUAGGACUGCUUUUGGAGGAACAUUUCUGGAUGGGAAGGAGCGGUUAUUCUGUCCAUAAGUGGGAGAGAUUUAUUUCUCAUGUAACACUUUUUAAGUAGUUGUGUUUUUUUUUUUUUUUUUUUUUUUUUAGGAAUAUUCAAAAUAAUUUGAUGUAUCCAUGCCCAUUUUACCUUAAGCAUUUGCUAAGAAAAAUGCUUGUUUACCUCAGUACUGUUGCCCUCAAUGCAGAUUUAACUGAAUGGUAAAUAAAGUACAGUAAUGUUGCUGGACCAAAAAUGCUAAAUGAACAGUGUUCUUUUAAUAAAAUGGUUUGGUUAAUAUAUAAAAUGUAGAUGUAAAAGGCUGCUGGUUAACAGUGGUCUUUGUCAUCACACUACAGGAGAACCGUUCUCUUAGCAUGUCGAUUCAAUAGUUUCCCACCUUUUUAAAAUAUAAACACAUCACCUUUUUAUCAGUCCAGAAACAGUUUGUCUCAUCUAAAGUUAUAUUUCAGUCAGUGUAUCAAUAUUCAAUCGAUUCUGAAUUGCCAAUUUGAAUACAUUUGUCCAAAAUCUAACAAACAUUUUCAACACAUGCUCGGUUUGUUUUGACUCUUGUGUAUUGGUAGCAGUCUUGUUUUACAAGAAUGUCCACCUUCAUUUUUAAAAGUUGACAUGUGUUAGAUUUGGAGGGUGACAUUGUCAGGUAUUCCACAACUUUUUGAUUUGUACAUUAUUUGGUGUCCCUAUACUGUAUACAAUAAAUAUAGUUUGAUACUCA